UAUUUGGAACGAGUUGUUUUGCAACAAUUCUACUUUCAUUUUAAAAUCUGACAGCAAAUACUGAAAUAGUAAACUAAGCAAGUCAGAGAACUGUGGAGAAUUACAUGGCACCAAUACCCAAAUCUGAUGACAAUGAUAAACCAAACACUGGGGAGGAAGAUGUUGAUGUGAUGGAUGUCCCAGAUCAGAUGAUAAUUGUGGAUAGUUCUGAUAGUGAGGAAGGAGAUGAAGAGUUUGGAAACAAUGGCUACCAAAUGCUCCAACAGUCCACUGUGGACUCUGAUGAUGAGGAUAAUCCAGAUGAUGUGACUUCAGGUAUGACAGUGGAUCCAGGUGGAAUGACAGUGGAUCCAGGUGGAGUGACAGUAGAUACUGAGUUGGAAAGAAGUACUGCUGCUGACGAAGCAUGCAGACUUCCGUCAGGACUGCAUACCGCUGGGGGAAACGCACCAUCUUAUAUGAAGGUCCCUGAUUUACCAAGACCCUCCCCAGGGGAACUUUUGUGGAACCAGCAAGUGAACAGAGACAUUCAUAUAAGUGAGGUCCAAUCUGAACAAAUCAAACUGACAAUGACUUCAGUGAAGCUUCCAGAGAGUAACAUUCCACCGUGGGCCAAUGAUAUCUCAGAGGAGGAAUGGAAGGAUAAACUCAAGCAUCUGAUUGGUCAGGAUUCUUGAAAUCAACAAUAAAACUACAAAUUUCAAAUGAGUUUAUAAACUAAAUGUUUGUUCAUUUGUGAUACAUGUAUUGUGAUUAUGAUGUUAGAGAUUACAUUUGACAAAUUACAUUCUUAUUUCAAAUAUUUUAGAUCAUCUGAGCCAAAGGCUUGAGAGAGCUUUUCUGAUCAUAAUUUGUGUAAUGUCUUGCCUUUGUUGCCAUAGUCAAUGUUGUCGUAAACUUUUCACAUUUUCAUUUUCUUCUCCACAACCACUGUGCCAAUUUCAACCAAACUUGCUACAAAGCAUCCUUGGUUGAAGGGAUUCAAAUUUAUUCAAGUGAAGGGCCAUGCCCUCUUUCAAGGGGAUAUAAUUAAGAAUUGGUGAAAAUUUAAUGGCAUCUUUCAAAAAUCUUCUCAAGAACCACUGGGCAAAAAAAGUUGAAUCUUAUGUGAAAGCUUCAUCACAUAAUUUAGAUUGAAAUUUGUUCAAACUUGUCAGGGGCUAGUGUGGGGCCACAAUGGAAUGCCAAAUUUUUACACAGGAAUACAUUGUGCAUAGGAAAAAAAACUCAAGGGCAGGAAAGGCUUUAUUAGUCAUAUUAAAUAUGGAAGCAUCCUCGGGUAGUGUAGAUUCAAUUUUGUUUAAAUCAUGACCCCCUGGGGUAGGGUGGGGCCACAAUACAUGAUCAAAUUUUAACAUGGGAAUAUAUAGAAAAAAAAUCUUUAAAACUCUUCUCCUCAAGAAACAGCAAAGGCAGGGUGGCAAUAUUGACAUAAAAGCACCCUCAGGUAUAGUGUAGAUUCAAGUUUGUUCAAAUCAUGACCCUGAGGGGUAGGUUAGGGCCACACUGGCCAAUCACAGUUUUACAUAGGAAUAUAUAGGGGGGGGGGGGGAAUCUUCAAAAAUCUUCUUCUCAAGAACAGCAAACACAUGAUUAGUCAUAUUGAUAUGGAAGUAUCCACAUGUAGUAUAGAUUCAAGUUUGUUCAAAUUACAACCCCUGGGGCCAUUAUUGACAAUCAAAGUUUUACAUAGGAAUAUCUUCUUUUAAAACACAGCAAAUGCAUUCUUAGUCAUAUUGAUAUGGAAGCAUCCUCAGGUAGUGUACAUUCAGAUUUGUUCAUAUCAUGAUCCCCAGGGGUAGGGUGGGCCAAAAUGGAUGAUCAAAGUUUUACAUAGGAAUAUAUAGUAAAAAAAAUUCUGAUUUCUAGAAUGGCUAGGCCAUAAUGACUCAGGUGAGCAUUGUGCCCCAUUGGGCUAUUGUUCAAUGCUGAGUUUUUCUUUUCAUUGGUCAGUGUCUCUUACCAUAAAUGUCCACAUAUGAGUUAUUUAUGCAAAUAUGUUUUAGUAUUGGGUUGAUGUAAUACUUUUUUUGAUUUAGAAAGAAUCCUGUUAUCAAGCUUUAUCACUUUUUGAACACUACGUUUGGGGGUUACUGAUUAUUCUGUAAAGCUUUAUUUUUCACUAUGUUUAAUUUUGCAUGUGCAGUUUUACACUAUUGAAUCACCUCACCUUUUUCUGUCGCACGCUAGCGAUUGCAGUUUUACAGAAGGGCAAAUUGCAAAACUACAGUGAAAAUAACCAAAGCUAAAUAGCAUAAAAAAGGGAAACAGUGAAUUGAACAUGCAUUAAAUAUUUGUUGUGUUAGAUAAAGUGAAUAUUACUGUGUGAUAUCAAUGAUUGGCACAUUACUGUAUAGGAUUAGAAAAUGCAACACAUUAAAUAUUGUAUUACAUUGUAUUUCCUUUUUAUCCCUAAAACAUUUUAUUUGAUCAUUUUAAUAAAUUAUGUA